AUCAGCUGGUAGUUUCCCAGCAACACAAAACAAUUAUUGGUGGCUGCCAUUGUCUUCUUGGCUCAAACCCGUUCGCGAAACCAGAAAAAAAUCAUUGUAAUCGGAUGUAUAAUGUCCGCUCAUGGCAUUUUGCCCGAAUGUUGCCGUUGUUGUCUGGCUGAAGAAAACGAUAUGAUAUACGUGUUUGACAUACUGGAUGAAUUCGACAGUAAAAUUUGCGACCUAAUAGCAAAUUGUGGUGGAAUACUCAUUACAGAUGAUGAUAACUAUUCUAAAAAUAUCUGUGGCGAUUGCCUGAACGAUUUGGCCAACGCAGCACGGUUCCGUAUGCGUUGUUUGAAGACAGAAAACAUUCUCCAAAAUGCUUCGCAGUUUCAGAAAGUAAUCGAAGUAGGUCAGUCACUUGUCCAGAACAACAGCAUUGUGAAAGAAGUGGAUGUAGAAGAAAUAAAAAUAGAAACCGAAGACUCCGCAUUGGAACCAUUGAUUGAAUGUCAUAGUACGCUCAAUGAACAUAUUGAAGUCGUUGUUGCAGAAGAUCCUAACGAUCCUAAGUUGCAAGGAUUUGAUUACGAUAAUUUGAUUAGCAGUCAAAACAGCGAGCAGGAAGAAGAUGCGGAGACACUAUGCAGUGAAGCGUAUGUGACGGACGAACUCGACACAUAUUUUGAAAACAUUGAAGCCACAAAGCUCGCACGAGCACAUACAUCGCAGCUUAAUUUCGUUUGUCCUGAAUGCGGAGCUGGGUUCGCAAUGCAAAAAAAUCUUUCCAAACACCUGAUCAGCCAUGGGAAAUUUGCCUGUAAUUUAUGUCUGGCAUUAUUUGAAAACAUUAAAGAUCUUCGGACGCAUGAAUUAAAACAUGCUACAGCUCACGGUACUCUGAAUUCACCGCUUGACCAAAAAGACCACAAACAGCGAAGUGCCAAGAUAGAGUCGAAAAAGCUACACAUCUGCGCUUACUGCAACAAAGCUUUUGUAUCGAAUUCCGCUCUUGCGGCACAUGUGCGAGUUCAUACACUCGAACGGCCGUUCCCAUGCCAUUUCUGCGAGAAAAAAUUUCGGACGGUCGGUGCCCAGGAACUGCAUGAACGACGCCACAGUGGUAUUAAGCCGUACCAAUGUGAUAUAUGCGGGCGUGGGUUUGCCGAGAGCAGUAAUUUAAAGGUGCACCGUCGAAUUCAUACUAAAGAAAAGCCACACGUGUGUAUCAUUUGCAAUCGAGCGUUUGCCAGAGUAUUUCUGCUAAAAAUUCAUCAGCGAACUCAUACCGGAGAGCGACCAUUUCCGUGUACUGACUGUGGAAAAUCAUUCUCGCAGCAAGGUGAUUUAAGUGCUCACCGAAGAAUCCACACCGGCGAACGGCCAUUCAAAUGCAACAUUUGCGGAAAAGGAUUCAUCAAAAACGGUGGACUGAAACAACACAUGAAACAACACGUGGAACUGAUGCAGCAGAUACCAGUUGCGGAUGUUUUGCAUGGUCUGUUUUUCCUUGAUCUGGUCCACGGUAUCCAAAACUGUCGGAGUUUCUACUCCAAAAUUAUGUGGAAUCAAUGUGUAGAACCGAUUAGAGGCGUCAAUGAACUGCGGGUUACUACCUCCGUUGACGAUCAGAUCGCAAAUUUCCUGCAAAAUGUGAUAAACAUGAACUGCUCGUAUAUUCCACAAAACGAUCACCCUUUGGAAGUUCAGCACCCCGCUGCAGAGAUUUCAGUUGAUUCGCUAGACAGUCACUUGCCAGAAGAGACUGAACCUACACCUGCAACGUCUCGAACAUCUACAACCAGUACUAGCGACACUCCUACCAUUGUUUACCUAGACAAGAUUUGUCGAACAUGUUUGGAGGAAAAGGAGAAAGAUCAACUCAAAGAUUUGUUCGAGUUUGCAUUAGCAGAAACGGUCAUGGAAUGCGCAAACAUCACUAUAGAAGAAGCAGAUGGGCUUCCAUGUCAUAUUUGUGUGAAAUGUUUGGAAGAAGUUGAACGUAUUUGUAGCUUCCGACAGCAAUGCGAGCGUUCCGAUGUGUCAAUCCGUAGCUUGAUCGAAAAAUCUGUAAUUAUCAGGCAAGACUGCGAGACAAAGUAUGAAGUGCUGAAUGUGAUCUUGACGGACGCUGAAGGCAACACGGAGACCUCUGCAGUUGUUGUCCCAGUUGAAGAACUACGUUUUCAGUUAAUGAACGGAAGCAGUACUGUUACAGAAACCGUACCAGAUUCUAUGAGCAUUCCAAUCGUAGGUAUAAAUAAAACGGUUCAGUUCGAAGCCUUGGAGGAAGUAGAGGAAACUGGUCAGAUUGAAGUAUCUACAUCGGAUACAAAUUUUCGUCUAAAUUUUCCGGUACCAGUUGAUUUGUUGGAAACAGAGGAUAAUGUUGAAACUCAAUUGAGCUAUGUCCCUUCAAUUAUUAUGAAUCCUAGCGAGCUGUUAAAUGAACCUGAAGCUCCUCAAAUUUGUCAACCAGAUGAAUUGUCACAACAAGAGGAAUCCACAGUGCUGGAAAAUCUCAAAAAAGAGUUGUCUGAAUUCAUUGGGAAUAUACCAAAAGAACAGGAAUUAGACGAUAAUGAUGACGACGAAAUGAUUCACGUGGAUUAUUUGAAAGAUGCUCUGACUGAAGAGUACAUUCAGAGUAUGGAGAAGCAACUAGCAUCAUCCGUAACACGGUCCGAUGAUUCAGUGCAGCAUCGUUUAGAGCAAGAACACAUGGCCAGCUUAAUCAACGACGAGGAUCGCCUUUUGGCCGGCGAUCGAAGCCAGCAACAAGGCCUCACUGGUAACGAAUCGAUCGAGCGACAACUGAGUGCAGAUUCUUCUCCUGGCACGAGUAAAGGCAACGUGCGGCAUUGCAAAAUAUGUGAUAUCGAUUUCGAAAGCACUCGACACUAUCAUAAUCAUAUGAAAAAGCAUUCCGAGAAACGAUUCGAGUGCCCUCAUUGUUCGCGGAAGUUUUCUGAAAAAUUCGUACUCAAAAACCACAUACUUCGGCAUACCGGAGAGAAAACACACGUCUGUGACCAAUGCGAUGCGCGAUUCUACCAGAAGAACAUGCUGAAUAUUCACAAGCGCCGUCAUUCGAAUGAGCGACGGUAUAAUUGCGAAACAUGUGGAAAACGUUUCAAGUCGAAAAGUUUGCUGAAUACACACAAUAAGAUCCAUUUGGGCGAGAAAUCGCACAAAUGCUUGGUAUGUAGCAAAGGAUUCACGCUCUCGUGGCAACUUAAGGCGCAUAGUCGAAUACACACCAACGAAAAACCAUUUGAAUGUCCUUACUGUCAAAAGCGAUUCAACCAGAAUGGUAAUCUUAUGAUCCACAUUCGAAUUCACACGGGUGAAAAACCUUUCCAGUGUGAAAUAUGCGCGAAGGCCUACCCCAGCCAGGGCGAAUUAAGCGGCCACAUGAGACAACAUACAGGAGAGAAGAAAGUGAAAAAUAUAGUUUGUACUGUUUGUGAGAAGGCCUUUGCUGGCAAAGGGGACCUGAAGAUUCACAUGCGCACACACACAAAGGAAAAACCGUACACCUGCCAGAUGUGUGGUAAAAGUUUUAUGCUUCAUGUUCAUUUGACGGUUCAUAUGAGGUCGCACACUGGAGAGAAGCCUUUCUCUUGUACGGUGUGUCAAAAAGCAUUUGCGACCAACUAUCAAUUGAAGAAUCAUACAUAUGUCCAUACUGGUGAGAAAAACUACCCCUGUGAUUUAUGUGACCGUCGAUUCAGUAGUUCAGCCAACCGAAACACGCACCGGAAAACGCACGAUAGUAAAAUUUCAUGACAAAAGUACAAGCUCGUAGUGUAAGGCACAUAUAUUUGAUCGGCAUAUUGUACUGCACCGGACUUCCAGUGAUCAGAAACUAAUAAGUAAUCCAUCGCAUGAAUAAAUAACUUGUUCACGUGUGUUGCAGAAAACUUUCCUAAUAUGGAAAUACCUGACUUUAUCCACUACCUUUUAUUACUUAAAUUUAGACAUAUGUGCUGAAGUCAAUGGCUUCUAAGUCCUGGCGGUGGAAAUGAUACAGUAAAGCUGUUAGACAUAGUAUGUGUAACAAAAUCAAUAUCUAUCGAAUUUUGUUCAAUCGUGCUGCUGCUUUAGUAUUUAAGGUUUAGCUAAAUAUAACCACUGUGCUUAUGAAACUUACCAGUAUCCUUACUACCAUUAAUGUAGAUUAUAUUUUUUUUGUAUGUAAGUAGCAAAAUUGCU